AUGACAUUGCGAUGGCGUCGGCUAUGGGGAGAGGGAAAAGAAAAACGUGGCUUGUGGGAUUCUGGACGCGAACAUGCUGCGGACUGGACCGUUCUGGAUGAAGGUCCUCGGGGAUUUGUCCAUGGAAUGUGCAUCAAACACGUCGAGCGGAGUCACUUGUGCAAGGCGAUUCGUUGGAACGGAGCGGCCAAGGCGGGGCCUUUGGAUAAUGGCCAUGGCCCAUGUGGCUGCGUAAUCAAGCGAAUAGUAUGA